AUGACAGACUUUCCAAGUUUCGAACUGGUUUGUCAUGACAUUGUCAUUCACUGUUUUUAUUAUUACUUUCCAUUAUCUUGUUCACGCAGUUUCAUCUUUUGUACGCAGGUUGCCUUCGCCCUGAUCGGCUGCGCCUUUGCUGAGCCUCCAUCAGGCUACAGCUACUCUGCUCCGUCAUCCCUCCUUGUCGGCCACAGCUCCGGUGGUGGCUACUCUUCGGGAGGACACUCCUCCGGCUACUCCUCAGGAUAUUCCGGAGGGUACGCCGGCGGCCACAGCAGCGGUGGUCACUACAUUCCCAUCCCUGUUGGACACCAAAGCUCAGAAGGAUACCAUGUUGACCACCAUCUACUCGAGAAAAUCAAGCAUAUUAUUUUGAAGGACGAAAUCCAGAACCAAGCUUACUCUUCUUCCGGUCACGGUCAUGGUCAUGGUCAUGGUGUCUCUUCCCACUACGGCCCUCCUGCACCAGUCUACGGUGUCCCACAUUAUCAGGAAAGGAUCGUUGGCAUUGAGCUUGGCCACAUUCAACAGGGUCUCCAGGUCGCCCAAUACCUCCAAGAGGAGGAAGGUUACUCCGGUGGUGGAUAUGCUGGUGGAUACGCUGGUGGUUACUCCAGUGGUGAUCAUGGUGGUUACUCCAGUGGUGGUCAUGGUGGUCACUCCAGUGGUGGUCAUGGUGGUUAUUCCAGCGGUGGUCAUGGUGGUGGUUAUUCCAGUGGUUUCUCCAGUGGUGGACAUGGUGGCUCUUACGCCACCAUUGGAAGCCCCUCGGGAUCGUACGGCGUCCCAUCCCUCUCAUCUUCAUACGGCACCCCUCACCACUAAAUGAGAACAAAGUCAUAGUCAUCUCAUCUCAUUUAGUUACGAAACUCAUGUGAUCGCAUCUUAGAUGUA